AUGAUUAUGAUGACUAAAUUUAGUUUCAAUGAUAUGAAGGGAAGAAAUAGAAUAUUGGCUAAUAUGAUACCAAUUUACAGAUUGACAAAUUUAAAUCUCCAUCCUCCAAGCUCGAUUGGGCUAGCCUCUAAGGGAUCAGCCUCGAGCCCAAUAAUGGAUCAAUUUUUCAUUCAUCCAAUUCUAUAUCUGUAUAUGGGAAACUAUUAUUUCUCAUUCACAAAUCUAUAUUUGUCUACCCUGCUUACUCUUAGUUCGGUCCUACUUGUUUUUGUUGUUACUAAAAAAUGGAGGGGGAGGGUUGUGUCAGUGCCAAACGUAUGGUAAUGGUGGAGCUAGCUUAUUUAUGAUUUGGUGCCGAACCUGGUAAUAAACGAAUAAAUAGGUGGUCUUUCAGAAAAUGUGAAACAAAAGCUUUAA